AUGAAGUUGGCGCUCUUUCAAACGUUUCUCUGGUGCUUCUGUUCAGUUGUCGUCAAUGUGUCGUUCCUGUUGUAUCGUCGCCUCACAAAUCGAUUGGUGGGAAAACUGAAAAACCUGAUGGAGAUGUGGAAAGCGCAGGUGGUGCUGGUGCACCUUGUGCUGAUGGCUUGUCUAUUACGCGUUUACUAUCAGCCUGGACCGCGGGAUCACCUGGAGCCGCAGAAGACUUUGCAGGAAAUGGGGGUUUCCCCACCCGCCGAUCGCUUGGUUGUCUUUCUGCUCGACGGCCUAAAUGCGGAGACGUUCUUCUCGAACAACGGCAGUCGUUCCUCCUACAUGAGGGAUCUAAUCCUGCGCGAAGGUCUCGUGGGCAUAUCCAAAACUAGUGUUCCAACAUUGACAAAAUCUGCAAAAGUAUCUUUGUUCGCUGGAUUCAAUGAGGUGCCAUUGCUACUGCCAACUGAAAAGUUCGACUCGAUCUUUAAUCGCACCUUGGCUUCCAAAGAGGGAACUGUAUUACAAUUCUCGGACCUAGCAAAUCUUCGCCACCGUCUGUCGAAUGGUGCUUGCUUGAAAAAGUUAAGGAACUCUACUAGCCUGGUGAUGUUCGUAUAUCUGGAGGAUGUUGGCGGAGCUAGUCCCCUGGAUGUGGGCUAUCAAAAGAAGCUCCACAAUACCCAGCGGAGCAUCAGAGAGACCUAUGAACUGAUCGAGAGCACCUUUAAUGACUUCAGAACUGCUUACCUGUUCACUUCAGCUCACGGGCUUAGCAAUUUGGGCUCUCAUGGUGGCGGAUCGGAUGUAGAGAGGGAUACACCCUUCUUUCUUUGGGGAGCCGGCGUAAAUCACAUGACCAAGAAUGUCACCUCUAAUUUUGUGAUCAACGAUGGCGUUACCCUGCAGCUCCACAAGUUGGAGCAGAUCGAGUUGGCUCCUCUGAUGUCUGCCCUGAUUGGUCUGCCACCACCGGUGAAUAAUCUCGCCAUGCUGCCACUGGGCUACAUGAAGGUAUCUCGGGAAUACGAGAGAAAGGCAUUGCACCUGAAUGCUCUGCAACUUUUGGCCCAAGCCAAGGCCAUUAUAAGACGUCACGAGCGGGGUGUUUUCAGCGAAUGGCUGCCGAGGGCUGAGGAUCUCGAUCUGCAGAGGAUCUCCUACUAUCAGAGCCAGAUGGAUCACCUCUUGGAUAAGGGUUGGCGCAGCAAGGCGCUGGAGACGAGCAAGCUGGCCAUUAAGGUGGCCCAAAAGUCCCUGAAGUACUACUAUGGAUAUUACCACGUUCCACUGGUAAUCGCCAUGGUGAUGGCUCUUCUUGGCUGGCAAUUUAACCUGCUGGUGAAGCUAACAAGAGAUUCAAGGGACUCGAAGGAUAAACGCAGGGGCUUCCUCACGUGGCACACCAUUGUGCUGAUGGCUCUGGGACUUUUGCUGGGCGAGAUCGUCUUUCUGCGUUGGGCCUCCCUAACGACGAUCUUUUGCCUGAUGGUGCCCUUUGGCAUUUGGUCUGUAACCCUGGCUGAAUUGCCCCAGAAGGGCAGAUGGAUCGAAGAACCCCUAAAACACCUUAGGUGGAUAGUAGUACCCGCUGCAAUGAUCAUUGUGGCGCUCCACUGCAGCUGCCCCUUCAGUCUGGCCUACAUCCUAUGUGUUAACUUUUACAACCGACGUGGCUGGGCCCAUCCUACGGCAAAGUUCCUGGCCUGGUUGGCUCUCGUCUGUCUGCUGAGUGGAUUCCUUUGGUCCCAGAAGGGAAUGCAGAUCCUGAUGACCACCAAAUAUCGAGUGAUUCUGCAAACGAUCAGCAUGUUGGUGGUAAUCCUGCGUCCCCUUUUCCUUGGCGAGAAUCACAAGUGGCGCGUGUGGCUGAUCAAUGGAGGAAUACUGAUUGUCGGAGGCAUUGGAAUCUACUUCAGGGAGAUGGGCAAGCCGGUUCCCCUAUACAUGAUGGCUGUUAAUUGGAUGUACCUCAUCUAUGCCUUUGCUUCGGUGCCUUACUGUGGAAGUUCCUGUCCCGCAUAUCGACUACAGCUGCUCCGGUUUAACUUGCUCACACUUCAUGCCCUCCUGAGUGAUUCGUACACAUCCCUUUUCGCCCAGGCGCUGAUCAUAGAGUAUCAAAUGGGGAUCGAGGUUCACGAAGAGAGCGAUAUAGCCGAUGAAGAAGAGUUUGUGGAGUUCAAGGUGGAGGGACCACUCACUCCAUCAUGGCAUCUAGAGAUCUCCUAUCGCUUUGCUGUAUCGAUUCUACUGUACUUCCACGUAUCCCUUUUUGGAACUGGACACUGGUUGACCAGCUUCACCUAUCUGGCCAGCACCGCCCGACUUUUCCUUCCCGAUUCCUGCAGCGGACCGAUGCCAUAUCUUGUGCUUGUCCAUGCGCUAAUACCUUCGCUGAUAAUCCUCUCCAGCUUACAGGCACUGAGCAACUUUGGCCGGCGGGAGAUGCGACCCAUUCUAUCAUGUGUCAUUCUCAUAUGCAAUGUCGUCGUUUUAUUCUUCGUUCUGUUUGUUCCUCAUCACAUUAAUUGGCCAACUGUUCACCCGUCCCUAAUCAGUGCACUUUUGGCCCAACUGACGGUCGUCCUGCUUUUGGCCUGCGACACUGGCGCCGUCUAUUUCUUUCGGGGCAUUAACAUGAACAGAUCUCCGCUUCCGAGAGAUCUCGAAGAUGAUAAAUUUAAGGGACCGAGCCCCACAAUUGCCACAAGUGAGGUGUAAUUGGGGGCUUAUAUGUCGAAAACUAUGAAAACAAAUUAAUGGUCACCCUGUUUUAAACUUUACAAACCUUUCACUGAACUUCUAAACAAAGAAAUCUGCAGAUUGUUAGAUUUUAUAUAAUCAACGAAUCUGUAAGCUUUAAAUAAAUCGAGGUUCUUUGAAAAUCUUUA